GAGUGUUUUUCGUUGUACAUGAUCAGAACUUAACGAAAGUCGAAUAAGAAAUCAUGAAGCCAAACUGAGGAGGGCGACAAUAAGCCAUGGUUCAGUCUGAUGUGCCAAAAAAACCAAACCACAGAAGAAGACGCAGUAUUUACGACUUUGUUUUGUUUCUAGCAGAGACCUCGAGUCUCCGGCGUUUCUUCUUAAAGCUCCCCAGAGGCUGUCGGAGGAGAAGCGGGCACACACAUGGGGAAGUCGCGGGAUUUGAGUGAGUUUGAGCGGGGUAUGAUCGUGGGGGCCCGCAGCGCCGGCUGCAGCAUCUCGGAGACCGUGAAGCGGCUCGGCUUCUCCAAGACCGCCGUGUCCCGGGUUUACCGGGAAUGGUGCGAAAAGCGGAAAACCUCCAGCCACCGGGGGUCCUGCGGGAGGAAACGCCUCGUCGACGAGAGCGGCGAGAGGAGGAUGGAGAGGGUGGUGGAGGCGAACAUCCAGGCGACGAGUGAAGAGAUCCAGGCUUUGUACAACAGCAGCGCCCCGGAGAAGACCAUCUCGCUCGCCACCACCCGCCGGACCCUGAAGCGGCUCGGGUACAGCCGCAAGACGCAGCGGCGGGACUCGCUCAUCGUGGCCGGUCUGGAGGCUCUGGCCGUGUACGCGUCCUGUCCACAGCUGGAGACCGAUAAGAACUUGGUGUGCAGGCUCCAGGGUGACCCGGACCUAAAGACCCAGUCCUCCACAGGUGUUGUGUCCAGGGACCAGGAUGACCCACAUUCAAAGACCCAGUCCUCCACAGAUACGUUCAGGGACCAGGGUGACCCGGACCCAAAGACCCAGUCCUCCACAGAUACGUUCAGGGACCAGGGUGACCCGGAC